GAGACCGAAAGAAUUCGCUGGUACUCCUAAAAAGUUGCAGUGAGGUGAGUGAAGAAGACAUGGUGGAUUAUUAUGACAUUCUGGGAGUGUCAAGAAAUGCCUCUCCGGAGGACAUCAAGAAGGCCUACAGGAAGCAGGCUCUGAGAUGGCACCCGGACAAGAACCCAGACAACAAGGAGGAGGCAGAGGGGAAGUUUAAGGAGCUGGCUGAGGCCUACGAAGUUCUGUCAGACCGAAGCAAGCGAGAGGUGUAUGAUACCUAUGGUGAAGACAGAAUGCCCAACAACGCAGGCUCCAGUAGACAUCCCGCUCCGGAAGAUUUCCCAGGGUUCACCUUCACAUUCCGCAGUCCAGAGGAAGUGUUUCGGGAAUUCUUCGGAGGCCAGGAUCCUUUCGCCAAUUUCUUCGAUGACUUUGCGUUCGGAAGAGGGAUGCAGAGUGGCUUCCAUGGACAUCCUGGUGCUUCCAGGCUCGGCCCCAGCCGAUUCUUCUCCUUCCCCUCGGCUGGAGUGCAUGACUUCACCUCUUUCUCGUCCUCCAUGGGAGGAAUGGAUGGGGUGAACAGCAUGGGAGGAGGGAUGGGGAAUUUCAAGUCUGUCUCCACUUCUACGCGCGUCAUCAAUGGCAAACGCACUACCACCAAGAAGAUCAAAGAAAACGGUCAGGAGAGAACAGAGAUCGAGGAAGACGGGGUCUUGAAGACAGUGCUCAUCAAUGGUGUGGAGGAUGAGUUGGCCUUGGCUCUGGAGCUCAGCAAGAGAGACCAGCUGCCCCCCAGCCAGCCCUCACACACACCCAGGCAACACCUCCAGAAGCAGGCAGAGAGGAUGGUACCAGUGGAGCUCCAGACCCAGACCCAUCCACACCGACCCAGCCCCGGCUCUGGCCAGCCCUCACACACACCCAGGCAACACCUCCAGAAGCAGGCAGAGAGGAUGGUACCAGUGGAGCUCCAGACCCAGACCCAUCCACACCGACCCAGCCCCGGCUCUGGCCAGCCCUCACACACACCCAGGCAACACCUCCAGAAGCAGGCAGAGGGGAUGGUACCAGUGGAGCUCCAGACCCAGACCCAUCCACACCGACCCAGCCCCGGCUCUGGCCAGCCCUCACACACACCCAGGCAACACCUCCAGAAGCAGGCAGAGAGGAUGGUACCAGUGGAGCUCCAGACCCAGACCCAUCCACACCGACCCCAGCCCCGGCUCUGGCCAGCCCUCACACACACCCAGGCAACACCUCCAGAAGCAGGCAGAGGGGAUGGUACCAGUGGAGCUCCAGACCCAGACCCAUCCACACCGACCCAGCCCCGGCUCUGGCCAGCCCUCACACACACCCAGGCAACACCUCCAGAAGCAGGCAGAGGGGAUGGUACCAGUGGAGCUCCAGACCCAGACCCAUCCACACCGACCCAGCCCCGGCUCUGGCCCCCGGUCUAUGGCCCAGCGCUCCUUCAGCUCAGCCCCCUACUUCCACUGCCCUGACGUCCCCAGCGAGGAAGAGGAGGAGGAAGAUCUCCAGAUGGCCCUGGCCUACAGCCUGUCUGAGAUGGACUCCCAGCAGAGAGUGUCCGUCGCGGCUUC